AUGAAUAUAUGGAAUAUUUCUAACGUUUCUUUGUCUCCUAAUGCCCCCUUACCCAAUAAGCAAGUUCAGGAGUUGCAGUCCCUCACCAACCAGACUUUCGCUUUGGUCAACAAGCUGCUGCCGGGUCACACCUCCAUCUUCUACAUCAGGUCCUUCCUUAUCAGUGAUGGCUCGAAAAAAGGGCUGUUCAGUGAGGCUUCGAAUUAUAUCACCAUCAAGUUGAAAGAGGAGGUUGACAACACAGAUAAAAUCCGAAUGCCGGUGGUGACGCUAUACCCUAAAUCGCCCACCAAACUGUUCGCGAACUGGACCCUCGUGGAGUGCAAGACCAAAUGUCCCAUCAUGCAGCAGAACAUUCAGUGGAAGAGGAAAAGAAAACACUACCAUCUGGAGGAGUUCUUGCAGCCAAACGUCACGGAGUACACCAUUAAUAAUCUGCAGCCAAACAAAUCUUACAAAGUGAGAGUCCUGUUGGCCACCAGUGCUGGCUACCCAGAACACAUGAUUCGGCUGCCCUGGUACACCGUCAGGAUGCCACGCAGCAGCUCUGACUUGCCACGGGAUAAUGUCUUCCUCAUCGUUCAUCUCUCCACUUGCAGCCAGAGGCCCACCGAGGUCUUGGUAAAUUGGACGCUGGACGCCUCACUGCAGAAGGAUCUUGCCAAUUAUCAUGUGUUGUAUAACACCUCCACCUCUGUCUGGCAAAAAGAACUCCCAACGACCGAAACUUCCCUAACGCUCACAGAUCUAGUUCCGAGAACGUGUUACGGCGUGAAGGUCCGAGCCACCUACAGCACCGGGCGAAACAGCACCGAGUCUUACCUGAAGACCAUCUGCACACUGCCACAGCCUCCCCACAUCCUCUCCCAACACUCCAACACCAACAGGAUCAAAGUGAACAAGCUCAGGACCAAGGUGCUGAACACUACCAGCAUGCGCAUCACCUGGAAACACACGCCGCGGAAGAUCCAGGUCGACUUCUACACCAUUAGGGUCGAGAACGUUGAAUCAGACCCGAACAGCCAAACGGAAACACCCGAAGACAAGCGGAGUGAGGUGAAGGGGACGCAUUUGGAGGCCGCGGGAAGAGGUCCUCGCAGCCCACAGCCGACGAAAUACGAAGAUUCCCGAGACACGGACCAUGAGGUCAAGCUGUACCGAGUCACCAACCGGAAGCUGACGGUGACGAGCCUGAAGCAGGACCACAACUACAAGGUCACCGUCACGGCCUCCACCACCACGCUCACAGGUCACUCCGCCACCACCUACGUCACUCCAGAUGAAGGAGUUCCCACGGCGCCGCUGAACGUGACGUGGGUUCCUGCAAGCCCGAAAGAUGCCGUUCUCACCUGGAGCCCUCCACGCCUCAUCAACGGCCGUUUAGUGCACUACCUGGUGAAAUUUUCUCACGAUCAGUAAGAGUGGCGCAACCAGACCGUCCCUCCUGACUCCACCACCACUCAGAUCCAGGACUUGGUCUCCAAUACCAAUUACACGGUGCUCAUUGCUGGGAGGACAGGGAAGGGCGUGGGCGCCUCAACCACUGUCUACAUCUACAUCCGGGCAACCCUGGAACCCGAACUGCACAGAAAUACUGAGUUGGCAGUGAUCAGCGUGGUGUCCUUCCUGGUGAUAGUAACCUGUGUUGUAGCAGUCUUGCUCUGCCUCAGGAUCCUGCGCCUCAGAAACAACUCUCCGUCAGUGUUUCAGGGAGGUCCUGGUUCGCAUGACGAUGGCAUUGUGGCUGACAGCUUAUUCGACCCCAGUGCAAAAUGAACCAGGUAGCGUUUAGCUCUCACUCUUCUGCUGUUCCAUACGAGUCACUCGACUAGGGGUGUGAGUGGUGCUUGAUGCCACCCUUAACUUUCCCUUCCCACCUCCAGGAUGACGGGACAAGCGAGGACAUGGGUCCUUUGCAGGACGGUCUCAACCACCACAGGAUGCUGGACAUCUUGGACGACAUUGACGAUGUUGAUGACGGCUCCAAGAGGUUGCUGCAGACCGUUUCAACAACACAAGCGGUAUUUUUCAAGAAUAUGAAAGAAUUCAACCUAAGGUCUAUGUAUAACUCCUCUCAGGUUGACCACCACUCCUCACCUGAUGGCGCUGGGGUGGCCCCAGCAGUUUCCUCCUAGAAUUGCAUUCACGGGUGAAGGCACGGGUUUAGAGAGUACGAGUUGGGGGUUUGAGGAACCCCAUCCAAGUAAGAAAUAAAUGUAUAUUGGGAGGGAGUUUAACUUGUGGCAUGAGAUUAAUUUACUUGUUGAUACUAAUACGAGACAGGUUCUGGACCUGGCCAUCCCGAUGCCACACCAAGUAUUGCCCACCAUCAUGUGUCUGCACUUCGUGUGAUGAAAGUAAUCCACUGAAAUUAAUUUUAUCAACUGACAAAAUGAA